GAGAGAGAGAGAGGGUUUAAGGUCGGCUGGGCGGGGGGCUUUAAAGGCGGCGUCAUCCGUUCUCCUCCUCUCCCCGGCCUCCACCGCCCCUUCUCUCUCUAUUUCUCUUCGUUUUUUUUUUUUUGGUCUCUCUUCCUCUCUCUGAUCACAUGAACUCCUUUAUCCACCUUCUUCUUCAUCGCCGCACUCACCUUUUCUCCCCGUCUCGCCCUCUGAAAUCCAGAUUUUGAUGUGUAGCAACGCCGUCCUAGGCCUCCGAACCCCUAAAUCAGCUCCCUUUCUCCAGUCCAAGAAGUGCCCCAGCGACCUCGACUCCGUUCUGACCCCAAUCCCCAAAGAGAUGUGGAGAAAUCUUGCAACAAAGGCGUCGUCUUCCUCGCGAUAUCUGGGUUUCGCCGGCCGCCCUUCAUCCGUCCCCGCCAUCCCCUCCAUUUCCAGCUUUAUCGGUUCCGCCCAAGAUUCAAUAAGUUGCGAGAGAAGUAGAAUCUUGGACCUCACAGCGCCCUUCAGUCAUCGGUCCUCCAACAUGGGUUUUUGCCACAAUGGAGAUUUGUUGCCCUUCAUCAGGCGCUCCAACUCCUCAAUUUGGCGGAUUUCUGGUCACUUGGGUGAUUCCAGGUUCUUCGCUAGCGUCGCCGAGGCUGUUGCUUCUACAGACGUGGAUGAAGACGCUUCCUCAAUAGAAGAAAUUCAAGGUAUGCUGGAAGAGAUGAGCAAAAUUGAUGCGAGAGAAGGCAGUAAGAUAGGUGGCAAUCUUGAAGAGGUUCGGCCGAAAGUGCCGCUGGAGAAGCCGAGGAUGGUGCCUGGAAUGGGCUCAGGCAAGUACGCUAUUCUCCGGCGAAGGCAGAUAAGGAUAGAAACUGAGGCUUGGGAACAGGCGGCGAAGGAGUACAAGGAGUUAUUGACGGACAUGUGCGAGCAGAAGCUGGCCCCAAACCUGCCAUAUGUGAAAUCUUUGUUCUUGGGUUGGUUCGAGCCCUUGAGGGACCAGAUCGCUGCGGAGCAGGAGAAGUGCGGGGAUCCGGGGAAUAGGCUGUCAUAUGGUCGAUACUUCAAUCAGCUUCCGGCUGACAUGAUGGCAGUGAUUACUAUGCACAAAUUGAUGAGUCUCCUGAUGACGGGCAGUGGAUACGGAGGUAUUCGCGUCGUCCAGGCUGCUUGCCAAAUUGGUGAGGCUAUUGAGCAUGAGGUUAGGAUUCACAGGUUUCUAGAGAAGACGAGGAAAAAGGCGGAUAAGGAUAAAAAGAAUGAAGAUGUGGAAGGUGCUACUUUAGCCAAAGAGCAGGAGUUUCUAAGGAAGAAGGUUACAAACUUGAUGAAAAAGCAGAAGUUGCGCCAAGUAAGGAAGAUAGUGAGGGGACAAGAUGACUCUAAGCCUUGGGGCCAAGAUUUUCAGGCCAAGGUUGGGAGCCGUUUGAUCGAGCUGUUAAUGGAGACGGCUUAUAUACAACCUCCUGUUAGUCAGUCAGCGGAUGGUCCACCUGAUAUUCGACCUGCGUUCAGACACUCACUCAGAACUGUCACAAAGGAACAGCAAAAACAUAGCAGGCGAUAUGGGGUCAUUGAAUGCGAUCCGCUGGUCCGUCAAGGGCUAGAUAGAACUGCAAGACACAUGGUUAUUCCUUACAUGCCAAUGUUGGUACCUCCAGUACAUUGGACAGGGUAUGACAAAGGAGGACACUUGUUUCUACCAUCUUACAUCAUGCGCAUACAUGGAGCAAGACAACAACGUGAAGCAGUUAAAAGGGCUCCAAGGAUGCAAAUGCAAGCCGUUUUUGAGGCCCUGGAUACAUUGGGUACUACAAAAUGGAGGAUUAACAAAAGAGUGCUAAGUGUUGUUGACAGAAUGUGGUCUGGUGGAGGUCGUCUUGCUGACUUGGUUGAUCGUGAUGAUAUUCCUCUGCCAGAGAAGCCUGAUACCGAAGAUGAAGCUACAAUUAGGAAGUGGAAGUGGAAAGUAAAGUCAGUGAAAAAGGAAAAUAGUGAACGACAUUCUCAGCGGUGUGAUGUGGAACUUAAACUUGCUGUGGCUAGAAAAAUGAAAGAUGAGGAGGGAUUCUAUUAUCCACACAACCUAGACUUCAGAGGCCGUGCAUAUCCCAUGCACCCUUAUCUAAAUCAUCUUGGUUCAGAUCUAUGUCGAGGAAUUUUAGAGUUUGCAGAGGGUCGCCCAUUGGGAAAAUCUGGUUUGCGCUGGUUAAAGAUACAUCUAGCAAAUUUAUAUGCUGGUGGUGUUGACAAAUUAUCAUAUGAUGGCCGGGUAGCAUUUACUGAAAAUCACUUGGAUGAAAUAUUUGACUCUGCGGAUAGGCCACUGGAAGGUAGACGGUGGUGGUUAGGUGCUGAAGAUCCCUUUCAGUGCUUGGCAGUUUGCAUCAAUCUCUCUGAGGCACUAAGGAGCUCCUCACCAGAGACUACAAUUUCGCAUAUGCCUGUGCACCAGGAUGGAUCGUGUAAUGGUUUGCAACACUAUGCAGCUUUGGGAAGAGACAAGUUGGGAGCCAUUGCGGUGAACCUGGUUGCUGGAGAUAAGCCUGCAGAUGUUUACUCAGAAAUAGCUGCUCGGGUACUUGAAAUUAUGAGAAGAGAUGCACAGAAAGACCCAGCUAUUGACCCAAAUGCCCUUCGUGCUAGGCUUUUAGUUAAUCAGGUGGACAGAAAGUUGGUGAAGCAGACUGUCAUGACAUCCGUGUAUGGUGUCACUUAUGUUGGGGCCCGUGAGCAAAUAAAAAGAAGAUUAAAGGAAAGGGGGGUUAUUUCAGAUGACACAGAGCUGUUUGGUGCAUCAUGUUAUGCAGCCAAAACUACAUUGACUGCACUUGGGGAGAUGUUUCAAGCUGCACGUAGCAUCAUGGGCUGGCUUGGGGAUUGUGCAAAGAUUAUUGCUUCAGAAAACCAUCCUGUGAGGUGGACUACACCUCUUGGACUUCCAGUAGUCCAACCUUACCGUGCAUUGGGAAGGCAUCUUAUUAAAACUUCUCUUCAAGUUUUGACCUUACAACGGGAAACUGACAAGGUCAUGGUAAAACGGCAGAGAACAGCUUUUCCUCCAAACUUUGUUCACUCCCUUGAUGGUUCCCAUAUGAUGAUGACAGCAGUUGCAUGCAAAAUAGCAGGAUUGAAUUUUGCAGGAGUCCAUGACUCAUACUGGACACAUGCUUGUGAUGUCGAUCAGCUGAACAGGAUUCUUCGGGAAAAGUUUGUGGAACUCUAUGAGACACCCAUACUUGAAGAUUUACUAGAGAGUUUUCAGCAUUCUUUCCCUACGUUACGUUUCCCGCCAUUGCCAGAGCGAGGAGAUUUCAAUCUAAAAGAUGUCCUGGACUCGCCAUACUUCUUCAACUGAUUGGGCAUGUUUUACAUUUCUUUCCAACAGCCUUGCUUCAAGCAGUGGCUCUGUACAAAUGUUCUACAUCUGCUGUCAGAUUGCAUGGUGGCAGAGCUAAUUCUUUUGCUGGUGGGCAUGGCAGCAUCAAAGACAGCUCCCAUGUGCUGCUAAAAUGCCUCACUGCUGAUGUAGCAAUAGCAUUCCAUAUAUUGUCAAAAAUUGCCCUGGAGUGCUGACAGCAGAAUUGGUGCGCUGGGUGCAAUGGGCUUGUAUUCAUGAGACGGGAGGCUUUCAUAGGAUUGCUUGAGGCAUUUCUGAGGUUGAGGUUGACUAGAUGCAGAGAGAUGAUUAGGUUGAUGGUCAAAAAAAAAUUAGUGAUGUCGACCGGCAAGAUGGUCUAAUAAUUCAAUUGAAGCAGCGAGGGUCAUCGACAACAAAGCCGAGCAUGUGUAAAUGAGAGGCCAGUCCAAAGCAGCAAGCAAAGGGUUCAAGCAUCAAACAGACAUUUCUAUCUGCAUACUACGGAUCUUGGCCUAGUAAGGGGUCCCUGUGUUGGCUAUUGCUGAUGAUAUUCUUGCUUGAUUUGUGAUUCAGCUCAGUGUAACUGUGCAGAAUCCCUGCUUGAUACCACAAGCCAUUUUUUUCUACUGCAAUAUAAGAAUGUACCUCGUAGAAGAAUUAAAUUCAAUUGGCGGUGAUGGAAAAUUAUGUAGUGCCUUUUUCCUCUAACAGAGUUUGUUGUAAAAUCUAAUAAGAAACUUUGUCAGUGUUAAUGAGGCUUAUAAUCCCAGUGAUUGAUGAGCUGGCAAAAA